ACCGAAAUGUUAUCACGUCGAGCAGCCGAGAAAAACGCCUGGUUCCUGGAGCAGUUCAAGCGGCCCCUCGCCAGACAAGGAUCGAAAGAUGCUUCCAACAUCGACAUGGCGACGGCCGAGAACUGGCUUCUACGGCCGGAAAUCCUGGCCAUGCUCAAGAGAAACUGCGUCAUGGGACUGAAAGAGGAGCACCUGUCGUAUGCUGGUGGCUUGGGAGGAAUUCCUGAGCUCUUGGAGAGUCUGUCCAUCUUCUUCAACCAUUUCUUCUUGCCUUGGACUCCUGUCAAGCCAGAGCAUAUCGUCGCCGGAACUGGCUGUAGCGCUGUGCUGGACACGCUCAUCAACGAUAUCUGCGAUGAGGGCGAUGGUCUUCUUGUGACAGCGCCAAUGUGGGGUGACUUCCAGGUAUCGGCAGUGUUGCGGAAUUCCGUUCAGCUCAUACCGGUCUAUGUCUCGCCCGACCAGUCUCGCUCUGCGGGAGACGUUGUCCAGGCCUAUAGAGAUGCUGCAGACAAAGCGACCUGCAAAGUUCGGGGCAUUCUGUUUUGCAACCCCCAUAACCCGUACGGUCAUAUCUGCCCAACAGAGGCAAUCGACGGUCUGCUCCAAUACUGCCAGCAAGCAAACCUUCAUUUCAUUUCCGACGAGAUCUAUGCACUGUCAACAUUUGGAGACUUGGGUGAGUCUUUAGAAGGAAGUAAGAAUGUGUAUCACUCGCCGGCAACAAAUUUUGUUUCCGUACUAUCAAGAGACCUCAGUCUUCUUCAGGUUGAGCGAUCGAGGGUCCAUGUUCUGUAUAGCAUAAGCAAGGAUUUUGGGUGCAGCGGUAUGAGAAUGGGAUGUCUCGUCACUCAGGACAACAAACCAUUGCGAAUGUCACAAGCUAUAUUGAACAACGCAAAGAUUUGCAACGCAGGCACAGUAAUGGUCACUCCGAUGCUGUCCGAUACCGCCAGGCUCGAACAGCUGGUGAGUCUCAGUACAGAAAGGCUGCGUACAGUGGCUCGAAUUGCCAUCCAGUUCGCCGAGUUUCACGGCUUGUCCUAUUACAAGCCAGUGGCCGGACUGUACAUCUGGCUGCGACUGUCAGAGGAUUGUGGCACAUUCGAUGACGAAGAAGCGCUUGUGCAGAAGUGUUCUCAGCAUGGUGUGUUUGUUGGUAGUGGUGCUGAUUACUCUGAGCCUCAGCCUGGUUGGUUUCGACUUACGUUUGCCCUUCCUGAAGAGAAGCUGCUCGAGGGCUUACGGAGGAUUGAAGUGGCAGUGGGAUACAAAGAGGUGUUUACACAUGAAGUGAAUUUCUAUACGAAAUUUACGAACUGGUGGAGAGAAAGACUCUUGUAA